UAGCUUCUUUAAUUUAUUUGUUCAUAUAUUUAUACAAAUAUUCUAUGUAAAUAUAAAAACUUUGGGUUUUGGGUUUUUAUUUCUAACUGGGUAUUUCGUCUUUGAGCUUGCUGGUUCUGGGUUUUUAUUGAAUUUGAAAUUUCUUAAGGAAUUUUUAUUGCAGAGUUUUUGUGCAGUGGAAAUCUAACUAACCCAUAUUUUCAAUUUCCUUUUUUCCUUUUCAUUUUGUACCUUUUUGCCUCAUAUUCCUUACACUACCAGUACUGUCAGAUAAUACACACUUAUUACCAAUUAUAACACUGAUUUUUUUUUUUUUUUUCCCUAGAGAAAACAUAUAUAUAUAUAUAUAUAUUUUAUGAAGUUUUUAAAAAUUAUAUUUUUAACCAAAUUUUCAAAACUGUAAGAAAUUCAUAAUGAACCAACAUGAAUGUUUUAUGUAUAAGUACGUGAUAUUUAUGUAUGUAUGCAUAUAUGUCUGUAUGUGGACCUUCAACUGUAAAAUCUGUUUAUGCACAUAGACUGGUCAAUUUCUGUUUCAGAAAGAAGUUGGUGUUUGGAUUUUCCCCCCAAAAAAAAAAAAAAAAAUGUGUUUUUGAUUGUUGAGUGGUGCUUUUACUACUCUUCAUUUACUCUGCUAUUUUGGCCUUUGCAUUACUUUCAUUUAGUCAUACAGAUAUUCUAUCCGUCUGAGGAUGUGCAUUGAAUCUCUUCCAAAUUUCAGGGUCAUUUUAUAAAAACUGGUGUAAUUGGUACAAUAAAGUGUUCCAAAGUUGGAGGUUAUGUAUAUAUAUAUGUACACAUAUUCUGAUAAAGAAGUGGAUAAUCAUCUGGGGAUUUUAUGACCAUGGCAAAAAGAGUAAAGGGAGACAAUGGAGGAAUGGUUAAUAAUGAGCUUCAUACUUUAUUUGUAGACCGCAUAUCUCAAUUACCCGAUCAUCUCAUUUAUCAUAUUUUCUCGUUCCUUCCCACCGUUUAUAUCGUCCGUAUGAGUCUUAUUGCCAAGCGCUGGAGACAUUUGUGGCUUUCUACUCCCUUUUUGUACUUUGAAGACUUCUGCAAUAUUACCUUCGACAAGAAGGUGAAGAAACAAGAUAUGGUCUUAAAUUUCCCGACCAACUUUUUUAGGUGUCGUGAACUAUGUAUGAAAAUUCAAGAUCCGCUCAUAGUAAGCUUUAAGUGUGACACAACUUAUAGUUUUGCGAGCUCUGGCAUUGCUACUAGACAAAUAGAUGAAUGGUUAAGCUUUGCUGUACAAAAUAAAGUGAAGGAGUUAGAUCUCCAUGUCAAGCAGUAUCGGUUACCUCAGUCUGUUCGUAGUGCAAGUUCACUAACCGUCCUGAAGUUGAGUGAGGUGAAGUUGGUGGUCCCUUUUCCACCAACCUUUCCCUCUUUGAAAGUUCUCUCUUUGAUGUGUGUGGAUUCUGAUAAUAAGUCACUUCAAAAUCUUAUUUCAGGGUGCCCCGUUAUUGAGGAAUUAUUUUUAUCAGGAUCUAGUCUUGGAUAUCUGGAUUUUACUGUUAGUGGAACACUUAGAAGUCUCUCAUUAUCGCGUGUGGAUCUUACUGAUCAGUGGCUGGACGGUUUGAUUUCUGGACUUCCAAUCCUUGAGAGAUUAACUUUAAAAUGCUAUAAGUUGAAAAACAUUUGUAUCUGCAGUAACAGCCUUAAAUUUCUUUCCAUUGUGUCGUUGAAGAGCAUUGAGGCAGUACUUCGAACACCAAAUUUAGUUUGGUUGAAAUUUGCAUGUGGUUCUGACUGCUCAAUCAUUUUGGUUGAAGCUCCCAAUCUAUUAGAAGCUAAUUUGUACUUUGCAUACCGAUAUAUGGAUGAAACUUCAUAUUCUGCUCUUGUGCGUCUUCUUUCGAAUCUGAAUUUCUUAAAGAAGAUGAUGCUGAGUAUUUUGAAAGAAGAGGUUCUUAUAUUUCCUGAAACAAUAAGAAAGAAAUGCUCUUCUCCUUUAUCUAAUCUGAAGCAUCUCAAGGUGAAUUCAUAUAAUAGGUUGACUAAAAGUGCAGAAUUGCGGGAUUCUUUGCUUUGGUGUGCACCUUCUGUGGAGACUCUUGAAAUAAGUUGACAGCAUGAGGGUUAAUAUUUAUGGUUGGCUGGCUUGCAUAUGGUAAACACUGUAGAAAAUCAGUUAAUAAUGUAUAUACAUAAACUUUGUGCAUAUAUAUAUAUAUAUAUAGAGAGAGAGAGAGAGAGAGAGAGAGAGAGAAAUUCCAUUUACUUUUUUUUUUUUUUAACUAAAUUGUGUUGACCAUCUGUUUUUUGUUGUUUUCAAGCUGAGUUAACGAAGUUUUCAUCUA